AAAAAAGAAGCGGUGUGACCAAAUUCAGAAAAUAUCAGUGAUUCAGUGAUGAGUGAUCACACUCUCCAAGAGUCCAAGUACUACUCCCACUCAAAUAUAGCAAGCAACUUGACAACUUGAUUCACACACAACUUUCCAUUUUUCCGUCAAAAGAAAAACUUCCCAUUUCUACUUCUUUGCACAAUAUAAUUUCCCACAAUUUUUCUUUAAAUUUCUCACUUUCAUUUAAUCAGUUUUCAGCAACAUUCUGAUACUCGACAACCCACUUUCUGUUCUCCCAAGAUUCCAAACCUCUGAUUCUCAUUCCACUAAUAUUUUUGCUUAUUUUUUUUCUGGGUAUGAUUCACAUGUCAUUUCAUGCAAUUUUCUGAUCUGGAUUUAAAGAAAAGCUAUGGAUGCAAGUGCAGCAGCCAUAAAUGUCAAUGCCCAUUUAACAGAAGUUGGAAAGAAACGUUUUUUAGGAGAGAGAAUCAGUCAAAGUUUGAAGGGUAAAGAUCUGAGAGCUCUGUUUUCAAGAACUGAGAGCAAGGGUAGAAAUGUCAAUAAACCUGGGGUUGCAUUUUCUGUUCUCACCUCAGAUUUUAAUCAAAGUGUUAAAGAAUCUUUGAAAUAUGAGCCAGCAUUAUUUGAAUCUCCAAAAGCUGACCCAAAAAAUGUGGCUGCAAUUGUGCUGGGUGGUGGUGCUGGGACUCGCCUCUUUCCUCUUACUAGCAGGAGAGCUAAGCCAGCAGUGCCAAUUGGAGGGUGUUACAGGCUGAUUGAUGUGCCUAUGAGCAACUGCAUCAACAGUGGCAUUAGAAAGAUUUUCAUUCUUACCCAGUUCAAUUCGUUUUCGCUUAAUCGUCAUCUUGCUCGAACCUAUAAUUUUGGAGAUGGUGUGAAUUUUGGGGAUGGCUUUGUGGAGGUUUUUGCUGCUACACAAACACCUGGAGAAUCAGGAAAGAAAUGGUUCCAGGGCACCGCUGAUGCAGUAAGACAGUUUUUCUGGGCAUUUGAGGAUUCCAAAUCCAAGGAUGUCGAGCAUAUAGUUAUUUUAUCCGGUGAUCAUCUUUACCGAAUGGAUUACAUGAGUUUUGUGCAGAAGCACAUUGACACCAAUGCUGAUAUUACAGUGUCAUGCAUACCCAUGGAUGACAGCCGUGCAUCGGAUUAUGGGCUGAUGAAGAUUGAUCACACUGGACGCAUUGUCCAUUUUGCAGAAAAACCCAAGGGUUCUGAUCUAACAGCAAUGCAAGUAGAUACAACUGUUCUUGGGCUCUCUGACCUUGAAGCUAUGUCAAAUCCAUAUAUUGCAUCAAUGGGUGUUUAUGUCUUUCGAACGGAUGUUCUUAUGGAGCUUCUCAAUCGAAAAUACCCUUCAAGCAAUGAUUUUGGCUCUGAGAUUAUUCCUUCAGCUGUAGGAGAGUAUAAUGUUCAGGCAUAUCUAUUUAAUGACUACUGGGAGGAUAUCGGAACCAUAAAGUCUUUCUUUGAUUCCAAUUUGGCCCUUACACAACAGCCUCCCAAGUUUGAAUUCUACGAUCCAAAAACACCUUUUUAUACAUCUGCAAGAUUUCUGCCUCCUACAAAAGUCGACAGGUGCAAGAUUGUCGAUUCCAUUGUAUCCCAUGGUUGUUUUCUACAGGAGUCUAGCAUCCAACAUUCCAUUGUUGGUGUUCGCUCAAGAUUAGAGUCCGGGGUUGAGUUCCAGGACACCAUGAUGAUGGGCGCAGAUUACUAUCAAACUGAAUCAGAAAUUGCUUCUCUGCUUGCUGAGGGAAAGGUUCCUGUUGGUGUCGGACAGAAUACCAAAAUAAAGAAUUGCAUAAUUGACAAGAACGCCAAAAUUGGAAAAGAUGUGGUAAUCGCAAACACGGAUGGUGUUGAGGAAGCAGAUAGACCAAAUGAAGGCUUUUACAUCAGGUCGGGCAUUACCAUCAUUUUGAAGAACGCAACCAUACAAGACGGUCUUGUGAUUUAGAUUUAAUCAUAACCUCAUUAGAAAGAAAUAAUUUUGCAUGAUUUCCUUUUCAUGUAACCUAAACUGGCUAAACCACGAGGUUUUCUCAUCUGUAUAUAUAAUAUGUCUAUAACUAUGGAUAAUCUUAAUAUGAGAUGCCAAUAUAUUCCCUACA